GGUGAUGGGUUUGUCUGGCAGUGCAGAACAUGGCGAUCUGGUUAUGAUGAUGUCCUUGUUAAAAAAUCUAUGGUUGAGUAUGCCUCAAUUCCUAAUCUCCAUAACAAUGGCCGCUACUUCGUUUCUCACUGUCAAGGUUCUCUUUCCUCUCCAUAGAGGCGUAAUUGUCCGUGUGAUGAUGAUGUGCUUCAUUCACGGUGUUUUGCCGGGUAAUCCCGAAGCGGCAAAAAUUGCCGAUGGUGUUAUAAUGCAAAUAUGCGACCCUCGACGCAUAUGGGAUCCCGGAAUCACAGCAGAAGCAUUUGUCGUGAAGAUCUUCAACAACGUCUUUGGAGCAAUGGGUUUCUUCUAUGCGAUGUGGAGUCAAGGUGUGUGGAGUUUCAAACAAAUAAUGCCCACAAUGCAUACAUAUCACACUCGUGUAAGAUGGCCAAUGAAGAAGAAACAUAACAUGUUUAACUACAUGUUAGUAAAAGGAUCGACAAAUUCAAGAUAUAUUGCAACCGCGUUAUGCAGAUCUUGGAGACAAGCAAACCUUAAUCGAAGAAACAGUCCAUGGAAACUAUCAUGGAGAAAGAGGCAAUUCGGAGAUGAAGAUGAAGUGAUAAUAAGCAAUUAUAUAUGGAAGAAAAUCAGAAGAUGGCUUAUACCAUAUCCUCAACAAUUGGUUUUAAUUACAAUCAAGACCAUUGAUAUCUCUUUUUGUAUGAGAGUUUUGAUCAAUCCGAAGGUAUUGCGAUGUAACAGAUGAAUCGCUGCCUAUGAUUUUUGAAUGCGUUACCGGUAUUUCAUCAGUCAAAAGAAGAUGAUUCCCAAGCAAGAAAGUCACACCAGAUUGACGAAAAUGACAAAGAUGAUAAAGUAUUUCGCAACGCGUAAUUUGCUUUAUAAUAUUUU